UAGCUUGUAAUAGAGGUAAUGUCACUUUAAGACAUGUGAUACUUUACAGAGCAGGGAUGUAUUGAAAUAGACUACCGGUACUUACAGCAUUGUAUAGCAAUCCUGCUUUCUACAUACAGCUGCUUUACUCUGCAUUGAAUGCACUGUAGUGAGGCUGCUCUGUCAUUAAACAUAAACUGAUCCUCAUCUUUAAGUACACUGGAAGCUGCAAAUUAUCUCAAGAUCACUUCAAAGGUCUCAUCAAGCAGAAGGUGACGUUAGGAGAUGAUUUAAAGGUGAAAAUGACAAGGUUUCCACCCCUCAAACCUUGGCCACUUUUCUGACAACACAGUCUGAGAGCUCUGAUGUCUUCUUUACUCUGGGAAUAGGAUUGGUAACGAAAAAGAGAAUUUUUUUUUUAAUCCUGAUAAAGAAGAUUAUUGGGAAGCUAUUUAAAAUCCCUUAUUGUGGUACAGAUGGAUUUUAAAAAGUGUUAGAUCUUUCCAAUGAACACUAAUAGAGUACUCUGCUCUUGGUUGGAUUACUCAGAGAAUGGCAAUGGUCUCUGCAAUGUCUUGGGUCCUGUAUUUGUGGAUAAGUGCCUGUGCAAUGCUGCUCUGUCAGGGGUCUCUUCAUCACACUUUCCAGCAGCAUCACCUGCACAGACCAGAAGGAGGAACGUGUGAAGUUAUAGCAGCACACAGAUGCUGUAAUAAGAAUCGAAUUGAGGAAAGAUCACAAACAGUAAAAUGCUCCUGCCUCCCUGGGAAAGUGGCCGGGACAACACGAAACAGACCUUCCUGUGUCGACGCUUCUAUAGUGAUUGGGAAAUGGUGGUGUGAAAUGGAGCCCUGCUUAGAGGGAGAAGAAUGCAAGACAUUACCCGAUAAUUCUGGAUGGAUGUGUGCAACUGGCAAUAAAAUCAAGACCACCAGAAUUCACCCAAGAACCUAAUAGCAUCUCCUGGAUGAGGGAACCACUGAUUUACAGAGGACAACAUAUUAAAAAUUUAAACCAUCUUCAAGCAUUGACAAGCCAAAUGGAUUUCUUAUUUGCACUUUGACUGUUGACCAGAUAAUAACAGUGGCUUUACUGUGUGAAAUAAAAUAUUCUAUGGAAAUAACACCCCAGAUUUUUGACAACAAAAAAGAAAAAUGGUUCUUUGGUAAAGUUUUCGUGAUUAUGAAGAAUGAACAACAGUCUUAUAAGUUUGGAUCUACAAUUUACUUUAUACCAUUUAAAAGUAUAUAUAUAUAAAUAUAUAUGAUAUUUUGAAAUAAAGCCUCACUCUUCAAGACAUUAAAUAGUACCACACUUUGCUGCAACUGCUGUAAUACUUUUUUUUAAUGAUCUGGAAGACACCUACCAGUUUCAGAGCAGUCAAAAGGGAGAGCGAACCCACGGCAGCACCAGGACACCUGGAGCUAUAAGAAUCGUGACGAUGCUGUGUCAACAGCUUCCUUUUUCUUUCAACAGAGUAUUGGAGAGAAUUACAUUAUUCCAUUUUCUUGUGUUCUGGAGGCUUUUUCCCCCUUGUGCAAUACUAGCAUGCUGGCUUUACUUACAUAACUAUACUUUAUACUUAACAAUGAUGAGUCUAUCCUCUUCCAGGAAAAUAUUUUUAGAGCUAUUAGAUAUUCCAUGAGGAAGAGAAGGACAACUCUCGAAUAAAAUACAGUAUGUAUUAAGAGUUUAUUUGGCAGAGUUUGGUAGACUGCGGGCUGCCUUCUUAUUAAAGGUGUACGUACAAACAACAUCUUCAGACUUUGUAUAGGUGGCAUAGACUCCAGUAAAAAUGUGAUUGCUAA